GGGUCGGGCCCUUGUUUCCCCGUGCGGUGCGGAGCGAGGCGAGGGGUGACGCUACAGAGCGCCGCCACCGCCUUGCUCACCUCGGCCGCCUCCGCCGUCAUCCUCACUUCGACCGCCGCUGCCGUCAUCCUCAACCUUGGCCCGUCGCACUGCUUGUGCCGCCCCCAGCUUGUUGCCUUCCGCGGCCGGCUACGCCAGCCACACUCGUCUGUCGUUUCGCCCCUCGCGCCGCCGCUUACUUCUAUUUUGUCUGGCUCCAUAAAUUCGAAUCGCAAACGCGGCAGGCGCGCUACUGCAACAGAAAAACGCCAACGCCGUCUUCUCUUCGUCGAGGCCUGGGAUGGAGGUGGAGCGCAGCUGGCUCCGCUAGGGUUUCCCCUGUUCUCGGUGGAGGCGCCGCGCCUCCGGGACCCGGGUCCCGUCAGGGCUCGUUGAUGCCAGGGAGGUCAAGCCGUCUGUGAUUCCCCUCCAGCAAUUCCAUCCCCAUGCCGUCCAUGACGCACUACGUGCUGGAUCGCUUCCUUGAAACAGGGUCGCCUGCUCAGGUCCAGAAGGCGGUUCCCAAGCCUCCGCCCCCGCCUCCUGACAAGACCACACCGGUGCCAGUGUGUCCUGUCAGGGCACAGACGUCGCCGGCAUCACUCUAUGCCACGCCUGAGAUCACCGCCCUGCCGGACUCGCCUUCCUCGUUCCCUGGAACCUGGUCGCCAUACCUCAUCAACCAUAAGAGGCGGGGAGCCUCCCUUGCCAGGACCUUCUCUCAGGGUGAUGCUGGGCGUGAGGGCAGCCAGCCAAAGCUCCCUGUGAUGCUGCCUGCUUUGCCCAAAGGGGGUGAACCCACUGAAGUGCAGGAGACUCAGUUUGUGUUUCAGCAAGAAGGCAAUGGUCAAGCUGAAGGUGACAGUGGUGUGGAAGAGGCUUUGGAUGACAAUAGUGGAAUGUUACAGAAGGGCAAGGGAUCUGUGGUAGCUGAAAGUGAGCAUGAGCAGCCUGAGUUUGAGUUUCAGCGGCGGAGUCUUGAAGCACUAGUGAAGCCUGUUAAUGUUGGAAGACCUUUGAAUGGUGGGGCACACAGAGAUUCUGAGGGUGAUAUCUUUGAAUGGUGGAAGCCUAGUUCACCUCUUGGAACCUCUGUUGGUACACCUGGUGCAGAAUUCUAUGAUGCUUUUGAAGAAAUGUCCAGUGAUGGUGGAACUCGGUCUUCGCGAGGCAUGGAUGAUGACCUCCGUGAAAUGAGGUUAAGUCUGUUGAUGGAAAUUGAGAGGAGGACACAAGCAGAAGAAGCACUUGAGAUCUGGCAACAGGAAUGGAAGAAUCUGAGUCACCACCUAUCACUUAUUGACUUUUCACUUCCAUCUCCAAGUAUAGCUGAGGAUUCUGAUGGUUCAAGCUUGGAUCCUGGAGCUGAGUUGUGCCAGCAAAUAAUGAUUUCAACACUUGUAGCUUCUGCUACUGCUCGGGGUUUUGCUCGUGCUGAAGUUGAAUCAGAUAUGGAAACCAUGAUUGCGGCAAAGAACUUUGAGAUUGCAAGGCUGUCGGAUAGGGUCCAGUACUAUGAAGCUGCAAACAGGGAAAUGUCUCAAAGAAACCAAGAGGCUAUCGAGAUGUCAAGGCAACAACGCAAGGAGCGUAAGAAGCGACAGAAGUGGUUCUGGGGUUCAGUUGGGCUUGCAGUCACCCUUGGUGCCACAGCCAUUGCCUGGACUUACCUACCUUCAUCGCAGCCCCAGGCCAGUGCAGAUCCAAAUAGUGCCGCCAGCAACUAAGCUAGGAUGAAGACAUAUCUCCUCCCCUUUCAGAAGCCUAACAAAGCUCUAACUAUACUCCUAGAGGACAAAAAGGUUGUAUAAGUUUUCUCUUUUUGGUGAUCGGCCGUGAUCACUACAAUCUUGAUUUGUCGCUUCGUCUGAAGAAGUGUUGAAUGGUCUCCGUUCAGGUUUGCCUUCAUUGCAAUCACUGAAAAUCCCUCUAUCUCCAUAGAUGGUUGUGCAAUGAUACAGUGAAUGUGGUUAUUGUUAGUAAACCCUGCCCACAGCCCACUCAAGUGGAGUUGAUUUUGUCAACCGCAGUUUUGUUCUGCUCAUCAUUGUUCCUGUCUUGAAAGAAAGAUGGAUCAUGGAAGGUUUGCUACUUCUAAGCUGUAUUAGUUUCUAAGUUCUGUGCGCUUGUAAUUGCAUGUGGUGUGGUUACGGCCUCUGAUUACGUUGUUGUUUUUUGGUAGGGCAGUUAUGUAGGCCGAAGACCAUCUGGGUCUGGGUCCUUUCCUUUGUGGCUAUGUUCAGCAGUUACAAAGAGCAACAAACUGGCGUGGCCGUAUAUGUUAUGACCCACACUUUUAUUUUUCCAUUCCUACGUAUC